GCUUCACUAGUACUACUAUUGCACAAGCUCGUACAGUCGUCGUACGCCCGAAGUUUUAUUUCUCCGUAGAGUGAUGUACGCGACGUGAGGAUUGUCAUUCGCUUGGUACUUCUUCUUGCCAUUCCUCCUCCUUUUCGAUCCUCACUCGAGCGGUUUUACGCGCCGACCAACUGUCAUCGAACUUAACGAUGUCGCCUUCGUUCCUUCCAUUGAUUUCUUCCGUCUUCGCAAUCCAUAUUCUGUUUUUCGCGUUUACCAGCUUUACUCAAACACACGCAUACCCGCAUAAUCGUCGGCAGGGGGUUGCUUUGACGCGAGAGGGUUCGGAACCGUCACAUGAGGCAGCCCAAUCGAUUCUGACCAACUCUGGUUCUGAAUUGGGGCAAAGUUCUACAGCUUGGAACCAGCCAGAUUCAACUUCUGCCGCUGUCUCCAGAAUAGCCAGUGUUACGAGCGGCCCUACCACUAAUGAGCUGACUAGCAACGCGAUGUCCACCUUGUCACCUACCACUGUCGCCAGCGAUUCCUCAUUGACAGAGACCUUAACUUCGUCAACGCCGGUAACGACUUCCUUUACCCCUGUUUCGGGUCUCGCCUUCCCUUCGGUAACCCCGUCCCCAUCAAUCACUGCCUCUUCCUACAAAACCCUCACUUCCUUCAUACCUUACAUUCUCUCCAAUGCCAACUCCAUAGCAGUGCACUCGUGGGAACUAGGGGCCUUCACAGAGACUCUUCUGGAGGUAUACUACCCCCAGCUAACUCCUUUCGGAUGGGACUGUAGAGCAUUCGAUGGAGAGGACAUUCCUUGGAGCGUCUUGAAGAUAGCGAAGGAUGCUAUUUCACAUUAUAAUUGGACCGGUGCUCCAGGGCAAGAUUUCGGUAAGAAUUUACCGGAUUAUCUUUUUCCUGAUACUACACCUCAUGCCCACGUCUCUCAGGCUCUAGUAGGAGGUGAUGGAGCAUUGGGGGAUCCUGUAUCAUUGGUACCAGCUGUCUGGUUGCUGGCAAGAUUCGCCAGACAAGACGACGUCAGAGACAAGCUGGGUCUGAGAUGUCCAGAAGACUACGCCUGGGCAGUGGGAAAUCAGCUCGACUACUUAUUCAAUGGGCCCGCAAGUGACAACGGCACUAUCUCUCAGAGGGAAGCGGGAUUUGAAGUAUGGUCCGACAUGGGGUAUAUGAUACCCCCUUCUUUGGCCUAUCUUGGGCUUGACAUCUCGGACGAUAGUUUAUUGAAGAAGGCUCUUGAACAAUUCAGUUUGGAAAGUUCAGCCAUGCUUGACACUGACCAGCUUAUAUAUCAACACAUCCCUGCAACGGAUGCAAGAUUGUGGGCAACUGGUAAUGGAUGGAUGACUUACGGUCUGAUGCGCGAUCUCGCAUCUGUGAAAAUGUCUUCAUUCGCCGAAGACUUGUCCUCCUUGAAGUCUGACGCCGAACAAACAAUUGCCGGUGUCUUCAAAGCCCUUUUUGAUCAACUUGGUGAAGAUAGUCUGCUCCCUGAUUAUAUGCUUCAAGGCAACUCAACUUUAGCAUUGGGAGAUACAGCAGGGACAGCCCUGAGUGUCGCAGCAUACUAUCGCUUCCUCGAAAUUGCACCUCACCUGACUAGCCAAGACUUGACUGCUAAAGCGGAAAAGGCCUUCGAUGGGGUCGUAGCAAAAAUUGACGAUGAUGGUUGGGUGACGCACUGUGUCGACCCGAUGGGCACGUACGGUUGGGUUGUCUACCCGGAAGAUCACUCACUGCACUCGCCGGAGGGACAGGCGUUCGCUGCCAAGAUGUGGAAGGCUCGUACGGAUGCCGGAUACUAAAUAUCUAAUCUUAGUAUCUUCAUACUUAUUUCCCUUUUUGGCAAUCUUGACAUAAAACCCUUCAGUAUUCUUCAAUUUGCGUAUAGAAUUCGUAGGACAUUUGCCCUGUUCGGAGGCUGGUCUUCCGUACAGCUAUUUGAUAAUGACACUGUAAAAUUUUAGAGUAUGCUGGUCGAUGACCGAGUGCUUCCUCCGGUGCUAAGGUUGAAAUUUUGUGCCAUCGAAUAUGAAAUGGAAUCGACAGUUUAUCAU